AAUAAAAAUAUUUUUUUAAUAAAUUUAAAACAAGUAAAUGUAAAUAUUUUUUUAAACUAAAUUUAAAAAAUACGGAGUACAACUGUACAAGUACAACGUAAAUGUGGUGGGUGGUGUGACAAGCGGGACCCCUCUUUCUCUUAAAUUGGCAGGUGGGCCAAAUAUCAUCCUAGGGUUUUGCUCUUCCCUUUGCCUUAUUUCGAAAAUCAUCUUCAAUCCAAACAAUCCAGUUUGGCGAUCGAUGGCAAUGAAGAAGCUCAUCGUCGACGCCAUACCUCCCGGUCCGGCCCUCAUAAAAUACUUGGCCUCCUGCAGCGCUCCCGUCCGAUCCAGAUCUCUGCGGCUGCUCGAGGGAUGGCUUCUGAAUCAGUCCGACAUCUCCGACGACGAUAUGAAGAAGUUCUGGAAGGGACUCUUCUAUUGCCUCUGGCAUUCCGAUAAGGCUCCGGCUCAAUCCCAUCUCAUCAAUCGCGCUUCUUCACUCGUACUGAGUCUCGACCUCUCUCUUGCUCUGAAAUAUUUCUCAUUUUUUCUCAUCACUUUGAAGCGUGAAUGGGUCGGGAUUGACCGAUUGAGGCUCGACAAGUUUUACUUGCUUGUCAGGAAAUUCGUUCAUGCGGUUUUCGAUAUGUGCAAGAAACAUAGCUGGAAUGUGGAGCUUCUGAAUAAGGUUGUUGGUAUUUUCAUCAAUAGUGCAUUCUUAGCCGAGGAUAAGCUGUUAGGUAAUGGGGUGUGUUAUCACAUUGCUUCUGUUUGGCUUGAUGAGUUGAGUGGCUGUAAUGUUCCGGUUAUUGAGGAUGUGGUUGGGCUUUUGUUCAAGCCAUUGUUUGAGGUUAUGAAGAAGUCCGGGGAUAGGGUGAUGGUUGCGAAAGUGAAGAGUUGUGUGUUUGAUGAGCUGUUAAAGAUUGGGGGGAGUUUAUUGGAGAAGAAGAGGAAAGGGGUUGAGGAAAAUGAGAGCUAUGCAGUUGUUGCUCUUGGGUUGAUUGCAAUGAAAAUGGGGUUUUCGGGGAAGUUCUUUGAGAUUGGGUCAUCUUUAGAUUGCCUCCAGGGAAAUAGGAAAGCAGUCUUCAAGUUGCACGAGGAGUUCUUGAAAUUAGAGAAAAGAUAUCGAACAUCAGGGGUUGAUAUUGUGCUUCCUGAGGUUGCUGUGGAUGAAGAGGAGAUUCCUCAAUUGGUUCCAAUCGUGAAUGGCGUGACAAAAGAGGAUGAUGCAUCUGAAUACCACAGUGAUGGGAGUUUUAGGAGAUGCAAGAAGGCUAAGAUGAUGCAGGAUGGAAGCAAUGAAAAUGGUAAAAAGAAAAAGGAGAAAAAGAAAAACAGUGUUGCACUAGAUGGGGAGGAGGAAACGUCAAAAGAAGGAAAAAACAAAUGUGACCGUUCUGAAAAUGCCUCUCAUGGGGAGAACAUAGAGAAAACAGUGGCUGAAAAUGGGAUAUCUGUUGAUAGUGAUAGCUUAUCUGAGUCUGUUAUUUCAAAUCUACGGAUGGAGUUCGAGAAAGUAGCUGCAGAAAUUAGUCCAGGCAAUGAAACCGAUAAACCUAACACUACCAUUAAAAAGAAAAGAAAGAGGGGUAAAAGUGUCAAAAGCAUUGAGUCAUGUAUUGCUGACGCACACAAUGCAGGAGAUUCUGUAGUUAGUGCUGGAAAGAGUGAAGAGAAGAGUGCAAAGAAGGUUAGGUUUGCUAUGAAGAAUAACUUGGUGUGGAAACCACACAGCCCAAUGCCUCCGCAAAGUUUGAGAUUGCCCCCCUCUUCAACCCCACGGGGCAGUGCUCUCAAGAAAGGUGUGCCUCCGGGCCCAAUUAGAGAGAUGCCUCUUGCAAAGAAGAAGAGGAAGCUGAAAAAGAAAGGUAAAAAGAUGAAUACCAUCUCCCCUGCAAUGAAGAGACUGAAAAAAACCAAAGCUCCAUCGCCUUAGUUGGAAAGUUCAGGUUUUGACCUUACUCUUUUAAGAGGUAAUUGUUUUGACCUUAUCAUUUAUCUUGUGGACCAAAUCAUUAAGUUUAAUCUUCCUUUGUUUGUUUGUUGCUUUUGAACAAAUUAUAUUCUUGAGGAGAGUUGAGUUUGAUUACCUAUCUGUCUAAAGAAUUAUUAUCAGCUCUUUUGUGUAGCUAGGUUUACAUAUUCCU